CCAUGCCGACUCACUAUACAUAUACUUGGUCUUGGGAACUCAGUGCGAGGUAAACACUAGGGGCAAAGCGAAGAGUUGGUAUACAACAACAGCUGAUCGGUUGUCUCCGAGAUCAGCUGAGUCGUUAACACUUGGAAAAUUUCUCAGGCUGUCGACAACAGAUUGGCUCGGUGAAUUUCUUGGCUCGUUGUUAGAGAUUCGAGAAAUAAUAUUUUUGAGUCUGCGGCAGUGGUGACCAACAUGUCGAAUCAUAAUUGUGUGGAAGAACAAUUCGAUAACAUACAUCCAGAUAAUGACUCUAGAUCGUACAGAGGCUUAGUACUUACUAAUAAAAUGAGAAUUUUUUUAAUAAGCGAUCCAUCAACUGAUAUCAGUUUUGCAUCGAUGGAUGUUAAUGCCGGCGACAAUUGUAAUCCCGAUGAUCUACCUGGAUUAGCGCACCUUUGCGAGCAUAUGUUACUGCUGGGAACGGAGAAAUAUCGUAAACAAGAUGAUUACCAUAUGUACGUGACGCAGUCUAACGGUCAGCAAAAUGCAACGACAAGCUUAAGCUCCACUAAUUAUUGGUUUACUGCAUCUCCGGAGAAGUUCAAAGAAGUUUUAGAUCGAUUUGCGCAGUUUUUCAUAGCGCCUCUCUUUAGAGAGUCUUUAAUAGAGAAGGAGAUAAAUGGAUCUAUAGAUGCAGAAUACAAGGAAUAUUUAACGCUACACGGACGGCGAUAUAUUCAAUUAGAGAAAUUAUGUAUAAAACCAGAUCAACCAUAUUCAAAAUUCGGCACAGGCAAUGGAGAGAGUUUAAGCAAAAUACCGAAGGAGAAGAACAUUAAUGUUAGAAAUAGGCUAUUAGAGUUUUAUAACACAUAUUAUUCUGCAAAUGUUAUGUCACUGUGUAUUCAUGGUAAAGAAAGUUUAGAUGAUCUCACAAAUAUGGUAAUAGAACGCUUUUGUAAUGUAGAAAACAAGGAAGUUGAACUUCCUAUGUAUUCUGAAUAUCCAUUCAAGGAUGAAGACUUUAACACUAUAUGGUACUACGUUCCGAUACAUGACACGAUCACACAGUUAGUCAUUUCGUUUGCUUUACCUGAAAUGCAGCGUGAAUACCGGAUGCCUCUCGAUUACAUUGCACAUUUAUUUAAACACAAAAGCGAAGGUUUAUUAGUAUCGGCUUUAAAGGCCAGGGGUUGGUGUAACACUAUAAUAGCUGGAAAAGAUUCUGCGGACACAAGCAUACAUUACUUUAAAGUUAUAUUUGAACUAACUGAAAAAGGUAUUAAGCAUGUAGAAGAUAUUAUUCUAAUAAUGUUCCAAUAUAUCAAUAUGCUGAAGAAGAAUGGACCGAUGAAAUGGAUCUACGAUGAACAUCUACAUAUUUGGAAUAUGUGUAAUAGGUACAGAAGCGCAAAAAUACACUCUUGGAAUCCUAAUAACAUAGCUACUAUAGCCUACCUGCUGCACAUAUAUCCCAUGGAAAAUAUCAUUUCGUUGCUACGUGAUUUCCCUAAAUGGCGACCGGAUUUGAUCAACGAGCUAAUGGAAUAUUUUACGCCACAAAAUAUUAGAAUUUACGUUGCCGCAAAAGCGUACGAAAGUAUAGCGAAUAAAACCGAGAAAUGGUUUGGCACUAAAUAUAUGAAAGAAAAGAUAUCCGAGAAAACAAUGAAAAUGUGGAACCACGCUGGCUAUAAAUUGCCGGACCUGAAAUUGCCCUCUAAAAAUGAAUUUAUAGCGACCAAGUUUGAUAUUAAGACAGAAAUUAACGACCAAGAGUUUCCUCUAAGAAUUGUAAAGGAUACGUCGUUUGUAAAAGUUUGGUAUAAAGAAGAUAAUGUAUUUCGUCUACCGCACGCGACGAUGAUCUUCCACUUCGUAAGUCCGUUCGCCUACAUGGAUCCUCUCAGUUCCAAUUUGACUAAUAUGUUUGUCAACCUACUUCGUGAUUUUCUUGAUGAAUAUGCAUGUAUAGUUAAUAUACAUAAACAUGAAUUUAUGCAUACAGUUGAUAUAACUUCUUUAGAAUGGAAAAUUACUACUACGAAAUAUGGAAUAACACUGAAAAUAGAUGGUUUCGACGACAAGCAACGUGUUUUGUUAGAAAAAAUCAUGGACCAAAUGACAAAUUUUAAACUUAAUCCGAAGAGGUUUGAAGUCUUAAAGGAAAAGCAUAUCAAGUACUUAAAAAAUUUCGCUACAAUACUGCAAACUCCUAAACAUGCAAAAGAAUAUCUUCAUAUACUGUUGUCAGAACGACAUUGGUCUAGCGAUGAAUUAUUGGCAUCUACUGCUCAUCUAAGUAUCGAUAGACUCGAGCUCUUUAUACCAAAGUUAUUCAGCAAAAUGCAUGUAGACUGCUUAAUGUAUGGUAACGUGACUGAAAUGGAAGCAACAGAUAUAGGUGAACUAAUUGAGUCUAAUUUAAAAACUAGAAUGCCUCACAUAGUACCCAUGUUGCAAGAACAAUUAGUAUUGUAUCGUCAAAUUAAAGUAGAAGAUGGUUGCCAUAUUCUAUAUGAAGAGGAAAAUAAAGUACAUGAAAAUUCUUGUACUAUUGUGAACUACGCAACUGGUCUACGAUCAACGGAGUCGAAUAUGCUCUUAUCGCUUUUAGCACAAAUUAUUAGCGGGCCUUGCUAUGAUGUCUUAAGAACCACGGAGCAAUUAGGCUAUAUAAUACUUAGUGAUGUAUGUACAAUAAAUGAAACACAAUAUUUGACAGUCGUUGUACAAGGUGAACGUAACCCGCAAAAUGUCGAAGAACGAAUCGAUUCAUUUAUGGAGAAUAUGUUUGAACAUAUAACUAAUAUGCCAGAAGAGCAAUUUAACAACUACAAGGAAGGACUAGUUGUACGUUUGAUCAAUACAGGCAAUACGAUAACUAGUCAAUGCUCUUUAUAUUGGAAAGAAAUUGAAAGCAAAGAAUAUAAUUUCGAUCGAGUAAAUAUUGAAGUGCCUUACUUAAGGACAAUAACGCAGCAACGAUUACUGCAAUUCUUUGAGGAAAAUAUACGUAGCAAGUUGACUCGACGUAAGUUGUCGGUACAUGUGAUGCCUACGGCUAUGGCAAUGGAAAAAAAUUUGCCUGAUACAUCUAGAAGAAUUACCGUUACUUCAUCUGAUAAUAAAAUUAAGAAAUUUGACAAUUUAAUGUCAUUUAAGCUAAGUCAAAGUUUAUAUAUUUAAUAAUAUAACCUUUACUAGAACCGAUCGACAAAAAUGUUGUCAGAAAGGAUAUAAGAUGCUCUUCUAGGAUGUAAGAAGAAAUGAUAUAAUAAUGGUUUUGGUUUGUUAUCAUGUAUUUCGUUAUUUCUUAAAAAAGAAGCUAGCUUUUAAUUCUUUCUCUUUUUCUCUCUUAUAUAGUAUUACGAUAUAUUUCUGUAUCAAAUCUUGUUCACGCAUAACAGUAAAAUAAUUUUCUAUUUUUAUAAAAUUGAAAUCA